AUGGAAGAUGAAGAUGCAUCCAAAAGCUCUGCGACUCAGCAGAGCCGGGCCUUGACGUCUCCGGAAGCCUCCCUUGCUCUGUCGACGCAGUACCGGACCACUGUGCGGUCUUGCCUGACAUGCCACCACCGCAAGAUCCGCUGUGACAAGAGAUCGCCGUGUUCGAAUUGUGCGCGCAACAAUGUCUUGUGUUGCUAUCCUGGGAUUGAGCAGGUUCGUCACCGCCCACAGAGGACGACGAUUGGUGAGAUUUCCGCACGUCUCGCACGCCUCGAGCGGACAAUUUGUGCUAUCACAGAGAAUGGGCCAACAACACCAGACUUGGACCGCAAACCUGCCGCAGAAAUCACCGCUCCGCACAGCGAUGGGGCAACGGGUGAGGGUCCGAGGGCGGAAUCGUCUCCUGAGGAGCUGCUGGUGCAGGAUGGCGAUACAAGUCGCUACAUCAAUGAAGUUAUCCUGUCGCGAAUUCUAGACAAGGAACGAGAGCUCCAGGCGGUCAUGAGGAGUUCCAGUGUCAAUAGCACCAGGGCCGGGAAUCCAUGGUCGUCUGAUAUCGGAGGCAUAUUUCAUCACUUCAAUCCAUCCGCGACUGACGUGCAAGGCUGCUAUCCAGGAAGGUGGCAUGCUUUGCAGCUAUGGCGAACCUUUCUCAAUAACGUUGAUCCUAUUAUCAAAAUCCUUCAUAUUCCAACCGCCCAAGCGACCAUUUAUACGGCGAUAAACAACCCAGCCAACGCGGAUGCUGAUCUGCAUGCGCUCCUGUUCGCAAUAUACUUCGCCGCAGCAACUAGUCUAUCGGCUGCCGAUGCGUCUAAUUUACUUGGGCAAGACAGAAGCACGAGUCUGACCAAAUUUAAGCAAGGACUAGAGCAUUCUUUGGCGACCGCCAACAUAUUUGACUCACCAAGCUUGACAUCAUUGCAAGCCAUAACAAUAUACAUUACAUGUCUCCGCGCUUUCAAUACCGGGCGAGCAGGCUGGGCACUCAAUGGUCUGUCUAUUCGACUUGCUCAAUCAAUUGGCUUGCACAGAGAUGGAAGCAACCUUCGUCUUUCUCCUUUUGAAUCAGAAAUGCGAAGGCGUGUUUGGUGGUACUUGUGUGCUGGAGAUUCACGUGCACCAGAAGACCUUGGGAUUUCUGUCUGCAAUGCCGAUCAAUCUUCUGACACGUGUUUGCCGCUCAACAUCGAUGACAAUGAGCUGUCUCCCGACAUGCAAGACCUGCCGGCGCCGAAGCCGAAGUGGACCGAAAUGACCUUCACCCUUAUUAAGAUCGAGGUUUGCUCGAUGAUUCAGAAGGUCACCCAAAGGCCAGCAGCGUCUUCUGAUGGCGUACGAAGUGAGUCAUCUAGGGCUCAAGUCCUAAAUGAUUGCAGAACCCGUCUCGAACAUAAAUACCUCAGAUACUGUGAUGACAAUAUCCCAAUACAGCGAGCGUCAUCACUACUAAUACCCCUAAUCCUAGCGAAGCUGGAGUUUGUCUUACAACAGCAGUCAUCAUGGCAUCACGGUUCACCGAAAACCGCAUCCGAUGCGAACGAAGACACUCUGAUAUCAGCCUGCCGGUUACUGGAGAUGAAUCUAAACCUGCAAAGAGAUGAGCUAUUGAGAGGCUUCCACUGGUAUUUGGGGACCUACACUCAGUAUCAUCUUCUUACGUACUUACUCUGGUACCUUUGCGUAAAGCCCGACGGGCCGAACGUGGAGCGGGCAUGGAACGCACUUGACUGCUCCUUCCAACUCGCGGAACAUAGCCAACUUACCACUGAGCCAGAAUCGAAAUGGACAAUUCUUCAGCUACUGAGAAGGAAAGCCUUACUCACACGGGAGACGUACAACGCGGCUCUCGCACAGGGAUUUGGGAUGGCAUAUUCGGCUGGCGAAUUCGGCGAUCCUGCCGAUAUUAAACUAAGCGAAACUUGGAACUGGGACAUGACCAACCCCGCGGGUUUCCAGGAAUGGAGCAACAUGGGUGCAGGGUUUUGA